GGGCGGGUUCAAUAAUCACAUGAUAUAGUAUUGACUCUACUGCCGCCAUCAUUUAAGUUCCUGUAAAGUAAAGGAACAAAAAUAAUCCAGCACUCGCUUGCCACUUUUGACCGUCCUCGGGCGAGAGAUGCUGCCUGCUGCUGCAAUCUUUCGUUUUCCUUGGGAGAUCCAGUCUGGUGUAGUGAAAGAGGGAGACUCAGUACGAACAUUUGGCAGGUUGGUAUGUUACCAACCAGAAGAAUCAAAGGCAACGCUAUCGGCUCAGCAUGGCUCAAAACAGCACCAUCUUGUUGUCCAAACUACAUUUGUGGAGCCCUUCGACUCCAUAAUUGGAGCUCAGUACAUAGUUCUCGGAGAGAUAGAAAAUGCAGAGGAUGGUGUCGUUAUGGUCCGAGCCCGUGUUCUGAACUGUGUUGACGGGGUGAACCUUGCCCUUCUACAGAGGGCCAUCGACGUACAGAGGACCUACUUCACAGAAAGAAGGGACAAUGAAUCUAAUGCUCACACAAAUGCUCCACCCUGAUCUGAGCCUCAUCCACGGAGAUGAAAACAGACUACAUCUUGGUGGCUUCACCAUCUAAUGACUUGGCUCUCUCUGUUACUUAAAACUGAUGGAUGGAUAGUUUCUUUUCUGACAUCAAGUGUUAUCCUUGUAUUAUACGAUAACAUUUACAAAAUGACUGUUACAUGGUGAUGUUUUUAAUAACAUCCGUCAAAGAGCUAUGGAGUGAACAUAUUGAGUGGUGAUGUUAAGAGGCAUGACAAGUUAAUGUAAUUAUGUUGAUCUCCUAUCAUGCAUAAUAAACAAUAUGCCUGUUGAUUUUGAA